CUUUAUACGCAUAAAAAUAAAAACAACUUAAUACAAAAAUAUGCAAUAAAUUAAUUCUUUAAGCAGCAGAAGUAUGUAAUUAUAAAAAAAUAGUUCUUAAGAUAGGAUUCAAACAGAUUUUAUAUAUAAUUCAAACAAAGAAUAACUCAAAACUCCGAACAUAAAAAGCGCAAACAUGUAACAAUAAUAACUGCAGUAAAUUUUACAAAAGAAUUAGCAUUAAUAUAGUUAAUAGCAUUAAGCAUAUUUUAAACCAGCUCAACCAUCAUCAUUUAAAUAUUCAAUUAAUGAGAGUAAAAGAAAAUAAAUGGUAUUUAAAAUUAGUCUACCUUAAAAAAUUGAUAAAAGCUAAUAAGAAUCAGAUAUUUAAAAUUUACAAAAAAAUGGAAUUACAAGCCCUACAAAAAUAACAAAAAACAAUGAAAUAAUUUCAUAAGAAAUACAAAAGUACAAACAAUAUAAUAAAUAAUUUAAUAUGAUUUCGGAUAUUUUUUAGGAAAAACCUUAAUUUUAAUAAGAAAAGUAGUCUUUAAUAGAAUAAGAUUCUAUUCAUAAUUAAUUGAAAAUUAAAUUAAUGUAAAAAAACACAUAAAAAAAGAAUCUUACAUAAGAAAUAUUUAUAAAUAAUUCUCCAGAAACAAAGAAGUCAUAGACAUUUUAAUAAAAUCUAAAAAAAACCAUUUAAAAAAUACCUCAGUCAAUAGUUUUAGCAGAUAAAAAAAUUGAUGAGAAUUUUUAAAUAAAAGCAGAAAAUGAAGAAGAUUAUAAUUUAAGAUAAAAAAAUCUUUAAAAAAUAUAAAAUGAAGGCAUUUUAUAAUAUAUUAAAGGUAUAAAUAUUGAUUGUGAAUAUAUUUUUAAAGAAGAUAUAGAAAAGUAUAUAUUUUAAUUUAUGGAUAAUAUUUAUUUUGAUAAGUUUGAAGAUUUUUAAGGGAAUUAUUAAGAAAUGAAAAAAGACUUAGAAAAAGAAAUGUGUAAAAUAUUGAUUAAAAAAAAGAAAAAAAGAUAAAGAAACUAUAUUUAUCCUUGAAUAAAUAAAAUUAUAUGAAGAAGUUCUUCAAAAAUAUUUAAAAAGAAGUUUAUUUUAAUUAGAAGUCGAACAUAGAAAUAUAAUUUUUGAGAUUUUUAGUAGUUUAUUGUACUUGUAAUAGAAAAAAUAUCUUGUUUAAUAAAAAGAAAAAAGAGAUAAUAUGAAGCAGUGCUUAGAUGAUACUAAAAAAAGUGAAGAAUUAUUUAAAGUUCAGAUAUUUGGAAAAGAAGAAUAUGUAGAAGCUUUUAGGCUAAAAAUGUGUGAAUUUUAAAAUGAAAAUUAAAGACUUAUUUAAGAAUUGG